CUGAAGCCUCCUGAAGGCGGGAGACCGGAAGCUCCGGGCGGAGCUCAUAUAGACGUGAACAUCAUUGAACAACAAACCGCUUCAAUCUAACUUCAGGUUCGAUGUGUUGUGCUGUAAGGACAGGAGGAAGCAGGGAGUGAGCAUGCCGUUCCUGCACGGGUUCCGCAGGAUAAUCUACGAGUACCAGCCUCUGGUGGAUGAGAUCCUGAGGGUGCUGGGGAUCGAGGAAGGGGCCGGGGCUCAGGGCAGUGCCCCUGCGGUGGACAGCGCCCCCUGGGGCGCGGUGGACAGCGCCCCCUGGGGCUCGCUGGAAGAGCUGCUGGAGAUGGAGUCCCAGUCCAGCUUCUUCCUGGAGGGGGUCAGCUACUCCCUGUUCAAAGUAGCCGAGACCGGACUGGUCAGCGCCGCGGAGACCCUGCUCCGAUACCAGGCUGACCUCAACUUCGAAGAUCCCGUCUCCUACUACAACCCCCUGCACAUCGCGGUGCUGCGGAACCAGCCUGCCAUGGUGGAAGCGCUAGUGAGACACGGGGCCGACAUCAACAAGAGGGAUCGGAUUCAUGAGAGCAGCCCGUUGGAUCUGGCGAGCGAGGAGAGGGAGAGGCUGCCCUGCCUGCGCACACUCCUGGACCUGGGGGCUGACGUCAACGCCGCUGACAAGAACGGAAAGACCGCACUGCUUCAUGCCCUGGCCAGCAGCGACGGAGUUACAGUCCACAACACCGAUAACAUACAGCUGCUGCUGAGGGGAGGUGCGGACGUGGAGGCGGUGACCCGCGACGGGGAGACCGCUCUCUCCUCGCUGGUCUUCCUUGUGAAGGAGGCGCUGGACUGCAGCCGGGAGGACGCGGCCCAGAUCGGGAGCUUCUGCCUGGGGGCGACGCGGCUCCUGCUGGCCCACGGUGCCGACCCCAGCCGCUGCUCGGACGAGGAGCCCCCGCUCACCUGCGCCUGCCUGGAGCUCUUCGACCUGCACUUCCCGCUGGCUGUGCUGCUGCUGCAGUCCGGGGCUGGCUUCCGCUGCUCCCAGCACAGCCCCCCCUGCUGGUGGGGCUACAGUCUCAUCUUCCAGCGCCUCUGCUCCGGGCUCAGGGACCGCAGGGAUGACGGCACGGCCGCCUCCGAGCUGCUGCAGCAGGCAGAGAGCAUCCUGGAGCUGGCUGCAGCCGCUUCUCCAGCGGUCAGGCUGCAGCCAGGCUUCGAGGUCUCCACGGAGGGGUGCGGGGCCCACGCGGAGAAGGUCCUUGAUCUCUACAGGCACCUCCAGGAGCUGGAGCAGAACCCUGUCCCCCUGAAGCAGCUCUGCAGGGCGCACAUCCGCCACAGGCUGCUGCCUGGGCCCCUGGAGGGCAAGGUGCAGGCGCUGCCUCUCCCAGACAGACUCCGAGGGUACCUGCUGAUUGAGCAUCGUCACGGAAACGAGGCUGGGGCUUGUUUUAAACCCCCGAGGAACUCCUCUACCUUGAUUUAAAGAAAGCGUUUGGAGAGCCGGUGAAGUUGGAGACAUAGCUGCAAAGCACAAGGGAAUGGAGCCGAUGCAACCCAUCUUUUGCAUCAUAGAGAAAAAAGGACCAAAAAAACCUUGUCCAGUACCAAUGUCUUUACAGCAGAAUGCAGUUUGCUCGAUUUUUAUUGUCAUUUUUUUCUGUGUAAGUUACAUAAAACUGUUAGAUGUUGCAAAACAGGAAACAAAUGACGUUCUGGUUUGUUUGUUGUGUGCCGUUGACCGUUUAUGUGAAGGACAAUGUAAUGGGUUCUGCAGUGGAAACGCCAGCACAUAGCAGUAUGAGUCAUGGCAGAGUUUAAUAUGGGGCUUUUAUUAGAGCAUACUCUAAUCACACUGCUGUGCACUGGCAGUGUUCUUAACAAUACCUAAGCUUUGACCUUUCUGUUGUCUAGCUAGAUUUUUCUUUUGUUACAAACGCCAUAAAAAUGGACUCGUUGCCGAGACUGAUUCGCUGAUGCUUCGUAUGAGAGGGGGAAUGGAUUUUUUUCUUAAAAGCAAUUGCAGAUGUCGUGCUCGUAAGAAAGCACUUCAUACAGACAGUCAGGCACAGAACGGUCUGCCUAAACUCCUGCAAUUACUGAUAUUCUUAAAGGAUAAAAACA